AUGGAAUCUCUGGGUAACUUCUCACAAUUGUUGCACAGUAGAUGCAUCACGAUCCACGCGGGAAAGGGCGAUUGCAAAUUCUUCGUCCACGAAGCCCUUCUUUCGAAGUCUAGCUCGGAAUCGCUUCAGAAACUAGUUAAGCCAGGCUGGAGGGAGUCAUCAGAAGGAUGCAUUGACUGGACGCACACAAAUUCCCAGACAGUUGAGCGAGUCUUGACAUGGCUUUAUUUUGGCGACUACCAAAGUCCUGACCCAGUACCCCGAGAAGUCGGAGACCCACAUGAGACAGGCAGCGACAGACAUGCUUCAGAAACAAGAGAGGGCAGUCAACCAGCGGCACAGGGUAGUGAAGGUGUCGAUGAUACACCGGUUGAAGUCGAACCAGAGUUCGAAGCCGAGAUCGCAACUGACGAGCCAGAGCCCGAGGUAGAUGCCGUACCAGACAGUCCAGCGGCAGAAUCGGACCCUCUGGAAGCCGAAGAUCCAGAACUCCAAAAUGCGAUAUUCGAAUCAUGUAGCGUGCGUCCACUGACUCCACUGGGCAAGUGUGUUGGAGUCCCCCCCCUCAUGACGGUAUAUAAAAGUGCCGGCGGAGUAUUUCAGGAUCGGGAGUUCCCUCACAAAGCUUUUUCCUACUUGGAACCAUUGCUCGCCCAUGUCGGAGUAUACAGUUUCGCAAAGUAUCAUCUGCUCUCCGGGUUGAAGGAACUCGCCCUUCAACGAACAAUCGUCACGUUGAGGAAAUUGGAUUGCUCGGUGGACCAUGCCGAGCAGGAACUCACAAAAGCCAUUGAAUUUGUCUAUGACAACAUUCCCGCCGACGAAGAAAACGAAGAACCGAUGAGGAAGCUCUUCUCUCAAUUUGCAGCUGCAAAUUACACUUCCCUUAUGCAUGGUAGCUUCGAAGUGCUGUUUACUGGUGGCGGUGACUUCGCACUUGAUCUGGCACGAAAAUUAUCGCGUCGCCUUCUUGCGCAUGGGGUCUCAGCUGGCUUGGUAGAAGACGAGCUAGAAGGUCGCAUACAAAAUCUUGAGCUCCAGGUGCAGGAACGCGAUCAAGAAAUCAAGACUCUGAAUGAAGAUCUAAAUGAAGCAUUGAGAUGGGGCCGUGGUCUCAACAAGAAAGGAAGGCGACGAUAA